UGAAUGGAGACAAACGCCACAGGUGCCCAGUAACCGUCGACUCCAGGAACCGGCUGCCAACACGGCAAUUACCAGGCAAUGGAAAAGAGUGUUUUGACCCGGUACACCUCUAUUUUGCUUGGAAUGCCUGACCUCGCCUUCCUGCCUCAGGUUUUGUUGACCCAACAAAACAAAUGUCCCUCUUUGCAUGGCCGGCAGGCUGCUCCUUCCUGCUUGGGCUUGUUUCCAUGGCAACAGAGGGACUGGAGAAUUACCACGGAGAGGAGGGGAAGGGACAGCCAACGUGGAGUGUUUGCAGAAACUCGCGGAGACAGCAAAGAUACGGAUCCUCGUGUCCUGGAGAAGCAAGAGCAACAGCAGCCCACCUACUUGGCCCUCAGCUACAUCAACAGGUUCAUGACGGACGCGGCGCGGCGCGAGCAGGAGACCAUGAAGAAGAAGGCCACGCCCAAACUGUCGCUGUCCAUCACGGGCGCCGUGUCCAGGAACAGCACGGCCACGCCCCCUCGCCACACCAGCGGCAACUUGACGCCGCCCGUCACGCCCCCCAUCACCCCCUCGUCCUCCUUCCGCAGCAGCACACCGACAGGCAGCGAAUAUGACGAGGAGGAGGUGGACUACGAGGAGUCGGACAGCGACGAGUCCUGGACCACAGAAAGCGCCAUCAGCUCCGAGUCCAUCCUCAGCUCCAUGUGCAUGAACGGAGGCGAGGACAAGCCCUUCGCGUGCCCGGUGCCAGGCUGCAAGAAGAGAUACAAGAACGUGAACGGCAUCAAAUAUCACGCCAAGAACGGCCAUCGCACACAAAUCCGCGUGAGGAAACCCUUCAAGUGUCGCUGUGGGAAAAGCUACAAGACGUCGCAGGGCCUCAGGCAUCACACCAUCAACUUCCACCCGCCCGUCUCCGCCGACAUCCUGCGCAAGAUCCAAGGAUGAAGGCCACACACACACACACACACACACACCCACACACACACACACACACACACACUCAAGUGCAUGCUUUAAUUUUCUUUACUUUUUGUAUCCAUCACUUGUACUCGCUAAAGUAUAUCUUUGUAGUAUUUUUAUUGUACAUUUGCACAUUCCUUUAUGCUAUCAUCUGUUUUUGAUGAAUAAUUUGACUUGCAUAAGGUGCUAAGGAAAGGAAGGAAGAAGAGAGGAAGUGGAAGGAAAAAGUUGUCGAUCCAAACAAAGCAGCAAGUUUGGAUAGACAACUUUUUGUUGCGCAAGUAAGUUAUAUAUUUGACAAAGAUAUAUUGUUCCAUAAACAGUAGUAGUAGUGUGUGUAUAUAUAUAAUAUAUAUAUAUAUAUAUAUAUACAUACAUAAAUACAUAUAUAAGUAUACGUAAAUAGUUGCAUUUUAUUUGCAAGCUUUAUUUUUCUAUUUGUCAUUGUUUUGUUUUGUUUUGUCUGAGGUGUCAACUGCUUUCCUAACAGAGGGGGCGCUGCAGGGGUGUCCAAACUCGGUGGGGGUGAGUGAUGCCACCUUUUUGAUAUCAAGGCCGAUACUGCUUACAGUCUGUUGAAUAUCAUCUGUGGGUCUACUAAAAGGUUCAUGUUGAAUAUUGCGAAACAAACGUGGAGCUGCUCGCUCGCCUCCGACAAGAUAACAAAAGUAGGAAAAAAAAUAACGACAUCAAUAAUAAUAAUAAUAAUAAUAAUAAUAAUUCAGAUAUUUUAGCCAAUCAAAACAAAUAAUUGUAAAUAAAUGAGUCUUCAUUUUUUUUGUACACCUGGUUGUGUUGUUGGCACAAACAACUAUGAUUGUUUGUAAACAAUAAAUAAAAAUAUCUGCUGCCGACUUAUUUCAACAUGCGUGUGCGCAAAUUCAUUUUGAUUGUGCACGAGGUCUCAGACUCUUUUUAGGAGGCGUGACUCAUUUCAAGCACGCUGAUUCAUUUUGGUGCGCCAAUAUAUCGCUUUCAUUGUGCAAGAAUCUUUCUACGUGCGCACACACUCAUUUCCAGCACGCUGAUUAAUUUUGCACGUGCAGACUCAUUCUACACACGCAGAGUCAGAGUUGCGUGUCGACUCCUUUUCAGCAGAAUUCUGCGUGCAUGCAUGUGCAGACUGGUUUUGAGCCCACAGGCUCACUAAGAGUGCACAGAUUGAUUUUGCACAUUUUUUUGCCAGUAGAUUUAGCCAAUGAAGAGCAGUUAUGUUGAAAUACACGGAGGUGUUGAACCAGGGGUGUCAAACAGGUUUUAUCCGGCCCGCGGAAUGAGUUUGCUAGGUAUAAAAACGAGCCAAAAUUGUUGAAUGAAAGAAAGUGCUGUUUUAAAUGUGUCCACUAGAUGUCGCAAUAGCAAUUCUUUGUAUCUUUGUAGAUGAUGCUACAUAUGUCAAAAAAAUAAACCACAUGUCGAGGAAAAUGAGCAAACUACCGUAUUUUUCGGUGUAUAAAUUGCUCCGGCCGAAAAUGCAUAAUAAAGAAGGAAAAUAAAUAUAAGUCGCACUGGAGUAUAAG